UGAAAAGAAGAGCUCAAGCCACGUGCCAUGCUACAUCCGAUUAGCCUGGGGGUUUUUGAUGUGCAGAUCAGUUUCUGGAAGGUGGAGGGUAAUUUUGCAGGGACUCUGCAAGAAGACAUCUGCCCCUUCUAUCAAGUAGACCCUCGGUGUCAUCAGGGCAAAUGGACUCUCAAGCCAACCCGGGACCGGUGGUGUGUGAGGUCUGCGGGGCCUACUUCGAGACUCGACGAGGCCUCUCGAGCCACGCCCGCCUCCAUCUGCGCCAGCUCGGCGUGACCGUGUCAGAAAACAGCGGGGCUCCCAUAGAGCUGCUCUACCAGCUCAUUCAGGAGAAAGACUCGCCGCUGCCGGACCUCAAACAAGAUGCCGCAGCACCAGUGCCCCCGCCGCCUAAGAAGACUUCCCAGCCGGAGCCGAAGACGCCCGCACCGCAAGAGGACGCGCAGACUUCCUCCAAGACGGCGGCAAAGGUCGUGACAACUCAGGGAUCUCCGUCCAAGCUGAAAGAGGCAGGAGCGUCUUUUUUCCCCUCCUGUCCCUCUUCUUCUAGGGCGGCUGAGGGGAGCAGCUCAUCGCUGUCAGACCAAAAAACGAUUGCCAAGCCGCUGUGGGCGCCGCUGGAAACUGAUGCCCCCAUUACUUUAGCUUCAGAAACUAACAACGAGAUCCACGUCUGCCAGCUUUGCGGCUGCUGGUACGAGACGCGCAAGGGCCUCUCCAGCCACGCCCGCGCCCACCUCCGACAGAUCGGCAUCCGCGAGAGCGACAUCCAGGGCGGCCCCAUCGAAUUCCUCUACCAGAUCAUGAAGGAGCAGGACUUUGAGCCGAUCGGCAGCGUGCGGCAGGAGGAGCCCGCGCCCAGCAGUCCCUCCAAGUCGUCCUCUAAACGUCCCUCUGAUUUUACCUCUCCUCCCGCGUCUCCUGCCAGCAAGCGGGGCAAAACGUCCCAGCCCUUCAGCUGCGUUCUCUGCGGGGAGAAGUUCGAGAACCGCAAAGGCCUGGGCAGCCACGCGCGCUCUCACCUCAAACACAUGGGGGUGAACGACUUGGUGGGGAAGAGCUCUGCGGUGGAAGCCGUGCAGGAGCUGGUCAGCAGCGGCGUGCUGGAACCCAUGCACCUCCCGAAGGCUUCCAGCACCGCCGGCUCGUCCGCGGCGCCGUCCCCAGCUCCGCCCUCGCCCGCGGUCCCCGCUCCGUCUCCGGCCGCGAGCCAAUCCCGGACCUCCUUUACCCCCACGGGUCUCUCCCCGAGCCCGUCCACCAGCUCCCACUCCCCUCAGCCCACAGUGAACAGGGCGCCGAAGGCCAAGAAGGGGUUUCGACUGGCCGUGGACCCGCUUCUCAGAAAACCAAAGCCCGAGCCCGUGGAGGCGGAGAUUUCUGUUCACCCAAAGCCGUCCAGCGUGGACAGCGGCUCCUUCAUGCAGAAGACACCGACAGCAGCUGGUUCCACUAAACCUACUGACUCAGACCUGCAGUCUCCACCAACGGUCCUCUGCGACUUCUGCGGGCAGCUGUUCGACACCCGGAAGGCGCUGUCGUGCCACGUCCGCGCUCACCUCCGGCAGCUCGGCCUCAGCUGGUCCAUCCGAACAUCGCCCAUCGACCUUCUGAAGGAGGUCAUGCUGCGGCGCGAGGAAAGGAAAGAACCGGUGCAGAGCGGCUCUACAGCGGCGGGCAAAGCUCCGUGGAGUCCCCAAGGCUCCAAAAGGCCCCCCCGGGAGAGCCUGCCAUCCAGGGAAAGGGCGUACAACUCCCCGGCAAUGCCCGUCGAUUAUUCGAUGAAAGACAAAUCUCCGCAGAAGAAGCCAGCCGUCUCAAGUCUCGAUGCCACCUGUGAGCUGUGCGGCUUCGACUUUGAGAACCGUAAGGCGCUGGCCAGCCACUGCCGGGCCCACCUCAGGCAGCUGGGCCUGUACGAGUGGAAGGCGGACGGAGCGACCUCGCCGAUCGAAACCCUCAGCGAGCUGAUCCGCAAAGACCCCAACAAGGUGGCAGAAAUCACCAGACGCUAUCGCUACGGAGACCUUUACAUCAAGAAGUCCCAGAGAUCUGCUUCUAUGCCGUCGACGUUGACGAACGCGGACGCCGUGCCGAGCAGCAUCCAGUCCUCGUCUCUGCUGCAUCACGAGCACAAAGUCAGCAGGAAGGACCACAGCAACCGCACAGCGAGGGGGGUGCAUGCCCCACAACACGGAGUGUCUUCAGGGGAUGAAAACCGCCACUCGCACUCUCGGCAGCUGUCGCGGUCCGGGAGCAUCCCUGCUAUGCUGCCGAAGCCUCCCCUGACUCCACUGGUCACACUGGUGGGUAAAAUCUACUCCCUCAAGUGCAGGUUCUGUGAUGAAGUGUUUCAUGGGCCUCUGUCUGUUCAAGAGAAGUGGAUCACCCACCUGCAGAAACACAUCCUGUCUCUGGGCUACAAGGGCAAAGAGGCUCCUGCUCCUCCUCCGCCUCCUUCUCCCCCUGCCGCUGCAUCUGCUCCUCCUGCCGCUCCAGCACUCGUGCAUCCGGUAGCCGUGUAGACGAGUAAAUGCUCCGUGAACAAUACGAUGACUUUUUCCGUUUCAAACUCCACAGAUAAACGAUGUUCUGAGGUCAGUAAAAAAAAAAAUAAAUACAGUUCCCUUCUUGUCCAUGGGAGGGCAGACAUGAGCCAUGAGAGAGGGAAUGAGGCUGCUCAGCGUAAUCCACUCAGGUAAAAUCCACUUUUUAUAACCAAGGUCACAGCCGUGAUCACGCAGCUUCCACUUGCUCAUCAAAUUUGUUCUUUCUGAGCAAUGAAAAUUUCUUAUUUUGUAUGUUUUCUAAUUAAUGGUCCUGAUCACAUUUAUAUUGUAUGGUUUCCAAAGUCACUCUUAUGCAUUAAAAAAAUUGUUUAAAAAGGUUUGUGUAUAUUAAGAUUUCUAUCAGAGUUUUUUUUCCUCAUUUUUUGCAAGAGGUUGUGUGAUACCUUUUGCAGAGUAUCUCCAAAACAUUUUCUUAUAUAAAAUAAUAAAAUAACAGUAUGCCUACAUUUUAAUGUUUUUUCUGCUUUUUUUAUUUUUAUUUAAAACAUUUGUUAAAGAACUUCAAUCGUGUCACUUUUUUUUUUUACUACUUUUGGUAAUUUUUAAACAAUAAUCCUUAAAAUCUAACUGGGAAUUCAUUUACUGUUCACUGGGAAGAGGCUUUGCCGGUAGUAGUUAUUUAAUUUUCUUGUUUUAUUGAUUUAAAACAGGAAAAACAAGCAGUUGUUAGCAUUGUCCAUGCUUACAUUGCACAUAUCCUGGAUGUUUUCUGUCAUUUCUGUUUUUACCUGUAAAUAAAAUGUGUCAUAAUUAC